CAGAAAGAGAUUCACAGAUCAGAGUCUGUCCUCCAGAAUCAUCUCCCACAUUAAGACGUCUCGUAGUCUCUACAUCAUGUGCCACAUUCCUGUGUUCUGCUGGAUCACAGCCACAGUACUUCAGGAUAUUCUCACUGAGAACAAUGAAGAGAACAUCAGCACAACACUCACUGAAAUGUACAUUCACUUCCUGAGGAUACAGAUGAACAUGAAGAGUCAGAAAUAUGGCAAACAACAAGACGGAGAAUGUUCAGAGCACUUACUUUUAAAUAGAGAGAUGAUUCUGAAGUUAGCCAAGCUAGCGUUUGAACAGCUGAAGCAGGAAAACAUUGUGUUCUAUGAGAAAGAUCUGAAAGCAUGUGGUAUUGAUGUGAGUAAAGAUGCUGAGUUCACAGGAAUGAUCGCUCAGAUCUUUAAGAAGGAAGUUGGACUUUAUAAGAGAAAGGUCUUCUGCUUUGUGCAUCUGAGCGUUCAAGAGUUCCUCGCUGCAGUGCAUGUGUUCACCUGUUACCUGAAAAAAAACAAGCAAGAGCUUAUGUUUUUCUUUGAGAAUUCACAAACUAAAGUCAUACAAAAUCUUACAUUUCCUUUUAGAAAGGUCAAAUGGCAUGACUUAACAGAGAGAGCCAUUGAAAAAGCAAUGCAGAGUAAGAGAGGGCAUCUGGACCUUUUCCUGCGGUUUCUGAUGGGAAUUUCACUGGAAUCCAGUCAAAAUUUGCUCAAAGGCCUGAUCACACACACCAAAGACACCACAGAGAGCAUCAGAAAUCUAAGUGCACACAUUAAAGAAUUACAACAACAGGACAUCUCAGAUGAAACUUCAGUCAACCUGUUCUACUGCUUACUUGAGCUCAAAGAUCAUUCAUUAUAUGAGGAAAUACAGAGUUACCUCAGUUCAAAUGAACAUCCAGGAAGAGAUCUCUCGUCUUCAAUGUGCACAGUGCUGACCUACAUACUACUGAUGUCAGAGAAGGUGCUGGAUGAGUUCAACCCAAAGAGGUUCACAUCAGAACAAUCAGAUUGCAGGAGACUCAUUCCAGCUGUGAGAUGCUGCAGAAACGCUCUAUUUGAAAGCUGUGGUUUUGAUGAAACAUGCUGUGAAACUCUUUCUUCUGCUCUACAAUCAUCAAACCAUCUGACAGAGCUGGACCUGAGUAACAAUGAUCUGCAGGAUUCAGGAGUGAAGCUGCUUUCUGAUGGACUGAAGAGUUCACACUGUAGACUGAAGAUAAUGAGGUUGUCAGGCUGCAUGGUGACAGAGGAAGGCUGUGGUUAUGUGUCUUCAGCUCUGACUUCAAACCCCUCACACCUGAGAGAGCUGGAUCUGAGCUACAAUCAUCCUGGAGAUUCAGGAGUGAAGCUGCUCUCUGAAAAACUGGAGGAUCCAAACUGCUCACUAAAUAAACUCAAGUAUGUUAUGCAGGAGAGGUUUUUGGGGUUUAUUGUUUAACCCUU